UUUCUUCCGGCGAUGCCGUUCAUUGGCUCCGCCAACGCGGCAGACAACUUCAAAAAUAUAUUGUCUAGGUUAUGUAGGUGAUGCUAUAAAAUAUCUGAUAUACAGUGAAGGAAAACAACUCAAAUUUGGUAUUAUAAUAUGGAUCCAGCGGAAGUAGAAUUUCUCGCCGAGAAUCAGAUGGUUAGCAUAGUUCCAAACUUCAAUUUUGAAAGAAUAUAUCUUAUAUCUGGUGAUAUUGGUCCAUUUCGAGCAGGUCUUCCAGUUCAAGUUCCCAUUUGGAUGGCUACAAAUCUUCGACAGCGUCAGAAAUGUCGAAUAAUAGCACCUGAUUGGAUGGACACUGAAAGACUGGAGCAAGUGAAGGAAGAAGAAUCUCAAUCCAGGUACUUUACCAAAAUGCCAAGUGAACAUUACAUGGUGGAAGGCCAUAUGUUGCUUGGAGUCGCUGCAGAGGACAUUCCACAUGCAGAUGAAAUUCGCACUAUUCUUAAGGACAUCUGGGACAUGCGUAUGUCCAAACUUCGGUCAUCAGUGGAUGCAUUCAUCAAAACUGGUGGCAGUCAUGCAAAACUGGACCACCUGACAGCAAUGGAGAUAAAUAGCAUAAGGCCACUACUACCACAUGCACUUGAUGAAUUAUAUAAGCUGCAGAAAGUUACAAAUGAGCCAUCUCAGCAGUCGCUCACACAGGAUAUCUCACAGUGAAUUGAUACGGGCAUCUCAUUUGAAAAAACUGCUAGCCUGGUAAGUAGUGGUAACUGGUAAAAGCAUGUGACCGUUGCUGCUUUGUGAAGAGUGAAGAGAAAGUGUGAGUCUCGUCUUGUGUACACAAUUGAAGUGCGUUGCUGGACAGGAACAUGUUGUCUGGGAAUGGCUUCAGACCAGAAGAAGAAUGAACUGUGUGUAUGCACAUAAUUCAAAUUUAUUUAUAUAUUCAGUUGUUAUCCACCAUUGCACCCAAUCCUGGUCUACUUCCCAUCUUCAAAACUUCAUUCCCUGAGAUCAAUUUUAAUAUUAUCCUCCCAUCAUCUCAGUCUUAAUUUGUAGUAAAAUUUCCAAGUGAUUUUAUUUGAUACUGUCGAGUAUGCCCUAAUGCUUUAUUAGUGAGUCCCUUGACAUCGGGGCAUUACGGCACUUGUUCAAGCGGCAGAUGGAGGAAAUCUCCAAAUAUUGAGGGUGGCUGCAAAUAUAAAUGUGCCAAAUAACAAGCAGGGAGAUAUCUGGCAGGAGCCAGUUCUCUGUAAUAGGAUUGGUAUGGGGGAUAAUUUCCCUCACGAUACAAAAUUAGCUUCUGAAGUCAUGAAAAAGUGUUGCACAUUUUCGCACAGUUCAUGCAACGUGAAGCUGACGCAAGAUUUGGAACGACGAAUGCCGAUAGGCUGAAUGUGCCAGUCACAUUGAUAAUGGUAGCUAGAGAAUUGGCGAAAGAUUACGUAUGUCCUGUGUCCGCUCGUACUGCAGAUCCUGAAGCUGUUUCCUGACACCUGUGUUAUAUUGUGGUUCCUCUGUAUUUACUUUUAAUUCAGUGUUAAUACAUUCUGUAGUUCAUUUUU